CUUCUCUCUUACCACCAUGACCAGUUUCGAGCUUCCUACGGAGCUCCUUGAGGUCGUUGUUUUAGAAUUCUGGUACUCGGAGCAUUCUUCGAAAGAUCGUAUCACCUUCAUGAAAGCUUGCCCUCUCAUCAACAAUCUCUGGAAAGAGGUCUUUGCACGAAUUUCUUCUCGCGACGUCUACAUUCCAACGGUCGCAUACCUCGUCUAUCUCAGCACUAUCAUUCGCACCAACAGCUCCGCAAUCUACUGCUCUGGCCUUCCUCAUUCCGUCCGUUCUAUUACCUGUCAUGUCGACCUCACUGAAACUACCAAAGACGCCGCCAUGGAACCCUACUCGGUACUGGCCAGCUUGCCAAAUCACUCCGGCUUUCGCAGGUGCUUUAAAAAUAUUCAGCGAAUCAACUUCGAAGUCAAUUACCGCAUCCGAGGUGGAUGGCAUGAGUCCAUACUCUGUAACGAACAGCUCAUCCGGACUCGAAUAUCCAUAGCGCUCGACAAGGUGGCGACCAAGCUCAGUGUCUUACCCGUCGAUUGGCACAUCAUCGCGGAGAAGCCAGAGGUCGACCACAUUCGUGGUGUCGUUGAUGAUGUCCACUGGGACAUCUUCUUGAGGGAGGCUACUCUGGCGAUUGCCCCAGGAAUGCUGUGUUGUAUCAGGAAGGAACCGUUCAAGGAAACGGUUUUGAACUCUUCCUAUGUAGACGGUCUCCUCCAUUUCCGAGGUCGCGCCCUGCUUGUCGAAAAAAUGGGUGAUGCACGGCGCAUCAAUUAUUACUUCCGCAAGGCAGCCCCAAAACCUCCAGGUUUGUGGACCCUGAUCGGUGAAAUAUUCGAGGACACAACGGGAGCCCUCAUCCCUCCUGGGUCCGUCUAUUCGUGCUGGAAGACUAUCUUGGGUGAAGUGUCGGUACAACGCAAGCUCUGAGUUUCUUUCACGGUGUCGCUUCCUGCAUCAGCUGUAUUCCGCCCGUGAAUCCCACGGUUAGCAAAGAUUGCUCGCCUGUGAAAGGCAUCCGGACGUC